AUGGCGGGGGCGGGAGCGAAGGGAAGGAGAGCGGGGCUCCCGGGGUUUUGUUGGAAAACCUGCUAUUUUCACCUUUUAUUCUGGGUCGUUUCGCUAUGUGGUGAGGAGAAGACCUUCAUCGUAGAGACGUGGCUGAAGAACUAUGGCUACCUGCUCCCUCAUAACAUCCGCACGUCGGACAUCAGGUCGGAGAAAGCCAUGCAGUCUGCUGUCGCUGCUAUGCAGCGGUUCUAUGGCAUCCCGGUGACUGGGGUGCUGGACCAGACCACUAUUGAGUGGAUGAGGAAGCCUCGCUGCGGAGUCCCAGACCACCCCAGCAUCAGUCGCCGGAGGCGGAAUAAACGUUUUGCCCUCACUGGACAAAAAUGGCGGGACAAACAGAUCUCUUACAGCAUCCACAACUACACGCCCAAAGUGGGCGAGGCCGACACCAAGAAAGCCAUCCGCCAGGCCUUCGACGUGUGGCAGUCGGUGACGCCGCUGUCCUUCCAGGAAGUGGACUCCAAGGAGAUGAAGGCGCAGGGCAAGGAGGCCGACAUCAUGAUCUUCUUCGCCUCGGGUUUCCACGGCGACAGCUCUCCGUUCGACGGCGAGGGGGGCUUCCUGGCCCACGCCUACUUCCCCGGCCCAGGCAUCGGCGGCGACACCCACUUCGACUCGGACGAGCCGUGGACGUUAGGGAACGCCAACCACGACGGUAACGACUUAUUCCUGGUGGCGGUGCACGAGCUGGGCCACGCGCUGGGUCUGGAGCAUUCUAAUGACCCCAGUGCCAUUAUGGCGCCCUUCUACCAGUACAUGGAGACGCACAACUUCAAGCUGCCGCUCGACGACCUGCAAGGCAUCCAGAAGAUUUACGGUGUGCCCACCGCCAUGUUGGAGCCCACGCGGCCGCUGCCCACACUCCCGCCGCGGCGCCAUGGCGACAAGAAGCACGACCGCUCCUCUCGGCCCGCCCGACCACCCUCCCUCGACCGGCCCGCCAACGGCAAGCCCAACAUCUGCGACGGCAACUUCAAUACCAUCGCCUUCUUCAGGAGGGAGAUGUUCGUCUUCAAGGACCGAUGGUUCUGGCGCCUGCGGAACAACAAGGUGCAGGAGGGCUACCCCAUGCAGAUCGACCAGUUCUGGAAGGGCCUCCCGCGCGGCAUCGACGCCGCCUACGAGCGAUCGGACGGGAAGUUUGUGUUCUUCAAAGGUGACAAGUACUGGGUGUUCAAGGAGGUGGCAGCGGAGCCGGGCUACCCGCACAGCCUGGUGGAGCUGGGCACCAGCCUACCCACGGAGGGCAUCGACACGGCCGUGCGCUGGGAGUCGGUGGCCAAGACCUACUUCUUCAAGGGCAACCAGUACUGGCGCUACAACGAGGAGAAGCGCACGGUGGACACCGGCUACCCGCGCUCCAUCUCCGUCUGGAAGGGCGUGCCCGAGUCGCCGCAGGGGGCCUUUGUCAGUCGGGAGGGAAUGUACACCUACUUCUACAAAGGCAAGGACUACUGGAAGUUCGACAACUCCAAGCUGUUCGUGGAGCCCGGCUACCCCAAGUCGGUGCUGAGGGACUGGAUGGGCUGCGACCCCAUGGAUAUGAACCCCAAGAGCAACAACAAGGACCGGCAGCUGACGCACGACGACGUGGACAUCAUGGUGGCCAUCAACGACGCGCCCAGCACCGUCAACGCCAUCGCCGUGGUGAUCCCCUGCAUCCUGUCGCUCUGCAUCCUGGUGCUGGUCUACACCAUCUUCCAGUUCAAGAACAAAGGCGUGCAGCAGAACGUCACCUACUACAAGCACCCCGUGCAAGAGUGGGUAUGACGAGCGCUAGCUGAAGAAGAAGCUAGGUGGCCGUUACGUUACGAGCUAGCUAGGUUACUAGCACUAGCUUUUGCUAAAGGAAGGCUAACGGAGAAGACGGGACAGUUUUUUUCGAGAGGGCUACACUGACUUAUGUAGAGAGAAAAAAAAAGAACAAACAGGAAAUGUCAACAACAACAACAACAACAAAAAACACUUUUGGGUGCAUCGUGUGAUCAGUGCCUGUCCUUUGCACAAUCUACCGUGAGCCGAGUCGGGGGGUGGGGGGGAGAAGCUGUCUCCCUUUGGAGUUUCGUAACAGAACCUCUCCCUCCCUCUUGGGCUCCCGGCUCUCCGGCCCCUCCCCCCCUCUCCUCCACAAAGAAACCUUAAAAUGAUUGCCGCUAAAGUUGUGUGCUUAUCGUUAGCAUGAGUCCGAAGGAAGGAGGGAGAAAAAAAACGUAACAACAACAUGAAAAAGAACAGACACAAAAUGGUUUAACGCUGGGAGGCUCUGUCUUGAGAGAAAGAGAGGGAGAAAAGGAGAAAGAACGAGGGAUGUAGAGGGAGCUGUCUUUCCAUUGGCUGCGUGGUGCGGUGGCAUGCACCUGUUGUCCACCUGUCCUCUGCGCUCUCUGGCUGUGUCACACGGGGACCAUAUGGCGAUCUGCGUACCGUCUCUCUGCCAGACUGCCCACCGACCUACCCAUCGUCUUCUCCAACGGGGGACCGCGAUGGAGCGGAGCGGCGCGGAGGGGAGCAUGCCUCGCAGUCACUUACCAGCAGCUCCUGUCUUAAUCCCGCAUGGACAUGUACAUGAAUUACUAAGUAAUAUCGCAUUGUUAUGUGCAACGACGAGAGACCCAAUGAAUGAAUGGACAAGAUGUGCAAACUAAACUAGGCGGCAUUCAGGGGAGGAGGGGGGGUGGAGAAAGGAGAGGAGGAGAAAAAAAACAAAACAAAAAACCACAAAAACUAAAUGUAGGUAGAAAUGCCAUAGAAAAAAAGAGUGACAACAAGCGAGAAAAAAAAUCGAAGGAUUUCUGUGGAACAGUUUUAAGACGUUUUUUUGGGGAGGGGGGUUUCCGGUGGGACCUAAUGUUUUAAGGCUGAGAUUGAGAGACAAGACGUUUUCAUGGUUUAUCCUCCAUUCACGCCACUUGUUCUGCACAAAGCGCCGGGACAUUGUGUCGUGUGCACUGGCCGGUGAACCGCUGAACGAACAGGGUUCAGGCUGCUUAUGAACUUUGACCCCCA